AUGACCAUUCCUCACGCGACCUUUCCAACCGGGACCAUUGCACCCGCAGCCCUUCCACCCAUAACUCUUCUCCCACCACCAUUCCAUCUGGCCCUUCCACCCACGACCAUUCUACCCGGGCCUUCCACUCGCGAUCGUUCCUCCUGCCACCAUUCCACUCGGCCCUUCCACCUGCGGCCGUUCCACGCAGCCCUUCCAUCCACGACCAUUCUUCCCAGCAUUGUUCCACCCACAGCCCUUAUGCCCGUAACCAUCCCAUGUGGCCCAUCCACCCACAACUGUUCCACUCAGGGCCAUUCCUCCCUCCACAUUCCAUCUGCAGCUGUUCCAUCCCCGGCCCUUCCACCUGCGACCAUUCCACCCGCAACUCUUCCACUCACAACCGUUCCACCUGCAAUCCUUCGACCUAUGACCAGUCCACCUGCAGCCAUUCCAAAUGGCAGCCCUUCCACCCACGACCAUUCCUCUUUCCACCGUGCCACCCAGGGCCUUCCACCCGCCAUCAUCCCACAUGGCCCUUCCACCCACGACCAUUCCUCCAUCCACCUGGCUCUUCCACCCACGACUGGUCCACCUGCAGCCAUUCCAAACGUGGCCCUUCCACCCACUACCAUUCCUCCAGCCACUGUUUCACCUGCGGUCCUUCCAUCCACGACCAUUCCUCCCACCACCGUUCCAGCCACCAUUUUCCCAUAUGGACCUUCCAUCCAUGACCCAUUCAGCCCAACUGUUCCAAACUGCGGCCCUUCCACCCAGGGCCAUUCCACCCACCACCAUUCUUCCCGCAACCGUUUCACCAGCAGCCGUUUCACCCUGGCUUGUUCCACCGGCUACCGUUCCACCUGCCAUCGUCCCACGUGGCUCUUCCACCAACAAAUGUUCCACCCGGGGCCGUUCCAAACUGCAGCCCUUCCACCCGCAACCAUACCACCCGUGACCAUUCCACCCGCCACCAUCCCACAUGGCCCUUCCACCCACGACCCGUUCAGCCGCGGCUGUUCCAAACCAUGGCCCUUCCUCCCAGGGCCAUUCCUCUCACAAACGUUUCACCCGGGCUCAUUCCGCUGGCCACCAUUCCACCCGCCAUCGUCCCAUAUGGCUCUUCCACCCAUGACCGGUCCACCUGCGGCCAUUCCAAACCAAAGCCCUUCCACCCACUACCAUUCCUCCCGCCACUGUUUCACCUGCAGUCCUUUCACCCGCCAUGGUCCCACGUGGCCCUUCCACCCACGACUGUUCCAUCCGGGGCCAUUCCAAACCGCAGCCCUUCCACCAGCAACCAUUCCACCCACCAUCGUUCCACCCGGGGCUGUUCCACCCGCCAUCGUCCCACAUGGCCCUUCCACCCACGACCCUUUCAGCCGCGGCUGUUCCAAACCGCAGCCCUUCCACCCGCGACCAUUCCACCCACCACGUUCCACCCGGGGCUGUUUCACCCACCAUCGUCCCACGUGGCCCUUCCACUCACGACCGGUCCACCCGCGCCCGUUCCACUCACAAUGUGCAUAUAACUUAUAA